CCAAAUUAUAUGCGUCGCAUUCGCUUCAGUUCAUCAUAGAUCGUCCAUUCGCCGGGAAAAUAACACGGCGUCGAACGUUGUUCUUGCGGAAAAUUGCGGAUUGCCGAAAUUCAUUCACAUUUAGCUAUUCCAUCAUUCUGUACGAAAAGUUCGGAUCCCGAAAUGAGUGGAUAUCGCGGAAAUAAACGCCAACAUUAUGGCAAAGGCAGUGCUCGUCGCGGAAGAGAUCACGAAAAUGUGGCAGUGGAUGAAAAUAAUCCGAUCAUACAGUGUUUCCGCGAAUAUGCUACAAUACUAGACGCGAAGCACGACAAAUACGAACGCAUCGUGAAAAUCAGCCGGGAUAUAACGAUCGAAUCCAAGCGAAUUAUCUUUCUCCUGCAUACCAUCGAUCCUAGGAAAAAUAAUUUGCAAAAAGUUUGCAACGAAGCGAAGGAUCGACUGGAAGCUAUUUUUCGCAAUCAUUUUGUUAACAUAGCAAAAGAGCUUAAGGACCAGGACCCUUACCAGUAUACACGAGCCUACACCAAUGGAAUGCAAGAAUUUAUUGAGGCUUACACAUUUUAUGAAUAUUCUUGCGGAAUGGAUAUAUCGCAUUGGGACGCAAUUCAGAAGAAGCUGACUUAUUCAUCGGACCAAAACGUCGAUUCACCAAGUAAUGCUAGAAGCAUUGCAGAAAAACCCCUUAAUGAGCCAACCGAUGCCGAACCUGACGAGCAAAAGAGGUCGAAUGAAACCACUGGAGAAACAAUGAAGCUGACUUGCUUACUUCAUCCCCAAGACUUUGUACUUGGUCUGGGUGAUCUUAGCGGCGAGAUAAUGCGAACGUGCAUUAAUUCUCUUGGAUCUGGAAAUUCGGAGAGCUGUUUUCUGCAUUGUCGUUUUAUGCAGGAGCUAUACAAAGGAUUCCUAAGCGUGACGUCCAUACGGAGCCGGGAUUUUUCUCAUAAGAUGAUGACUUUACGGCAAAGUUUGCUCAAAAGUGAGAACGUUUGCUAUAAUGUGACGGUACGAGGAGGUGAAGCGGCCAAAUGGGGAACUACAGAUGAAACAUCGGGAGCCAUGUUCCAGCUGCAGCCUUCAAAGGACGACGACGAUGAGGGGGUAUACUUUUGAUCUGCUGCUCGUGUGUCCUGAUUUCAGUAUAAGGUAGGGAGAUCAAUUUGAUCCUAAGCUUUGAUGAAGUUAGUAAAUUAGUUCUAAGAGAUUAUAUGAAGUUACAUUUCGUAUCUGCUGCGUGAAUGACAGGAAAUGAAAGAGAUGAAAAGUUUACAUAUUCAGAAUUUCUUGACAAAUUAGAAACAUCUUGCAUUUUUCGGCAAAUUCUACUUUCCAUGGUUGCAUAAUGUACUUAUGAGAUUAUUCCAGCAAAUAGUUUGUUCAUUUAUUUUCAUCCAAUGGCAUUUUCAAAAUCCGUUUUCAAAUAAUAUUUUAAGUUGUGUUUACUAUAUUUUUACACUGAAGCCGUUUGAAAACUUUUGAUGUAAACUAAAAUUUAAAUUUUAAUGAAAUUUGCUUUCCGCUCAAAUUGUGUAUUUUUUCGCAGGCGGUUAGAGUGUGUAGUUAUUCCGUUCCUUUGAGUAUCACUGAAAUCGUUAUUGCACUAAGGUAAACUGUCUUAUAAACAAUUUCCUAAAAUUAAACAAAUGCUAAUAACGAAACGCAUCAAUUCCUCCAUCCCUGAUCCUGACUAAGGCAAUGAGACAAUUUGAUUUGUUUUUUUUUUUUUUUUUUUAAUGUCGAUUCUUUUGUCGCUUGUGUGCUGAGUUUGAGCUGCUUGACCUGAUUGCUAGAUAGUUUAAUCCACUUUAAAUGAUCAUAUUAGGGUAGUUAAGGCAGAAAAAUCAUAAAAUACCCUAACAGCUUUCCAGACUAACACUAACAUGUUUUCAUACAUUUUCAGGCGAUGGUUAAACUUUAUUGAUUUAUAAGAAAAAUGUCUUUGUGGGAUGGAUCGAUGGUUAUUUAAUGGAUGAUCACAAUUCUGGAACGCUACGCUACUGUAUUCUUUCAGAAUUGUAAAAAAAUCUUUGCACCUUAUUCUGCCGCUUAAAUAACAAAAUAUAUAGAGGUAUUUCUGGUAAUUGCGAAAUGGAGUACUUUAUAAUGGGUGAUUAAAAUGCGUUUUCGAUUAUUAUUAUGUUCUCGCUUUCGGCCAUAGGUCAUAGAGAUAAAGGAGGUAAAAGAGAGCAUUAAACGCUUUCCACCCUUUUAUCUAAUUG